CCCGGGCUGUGCCCUGCACGUGCCGGGCCGCGGGGCCACCGCCCCCCGCGCGCGUCCUUACUUGGGGCUGUUCGGGCGCACCCCGCGCUUGUCCCGGGCCCGCGGCCCUGUGCAGUUCAGGGGCCCCGACGCCGGGCGAGCUGGGGAACGCCAGGAGGGGAGUCACCCUUUCCCUCCCCUGGUGCGCUGCACGCGCCAGGCUGGGUGCGCUUCGGGGCGCCCGGCGGGCCAUGGAUGGCGAGACCGCGGAGGAGCAGGGCGGCCCCGCGCUGCCCCCCGGGGCGCUCGGCGGACCCGGCGUGGGCGGUGCGCCAGCCCUGGCGGGGCGGCGGGAGCCCAAGAAGUACGCGGUGACCGACGACUACCAGUUAUCGAAGCAGGUACUGGGCCUGGGCGUCAACGGCAAGGUGCUGGAGUGCUUCCAUCGGCGCACCGGGCAGAAGUGUGCCCUGAAGCUCCUGUACGAUAGUCCCAAGGCCCGGCAGGAGGUGGACCACCAUUGGCAGGCCUCGGGGGGCCCCCACAUCGUGCGCAUCAUGGACGUGUAUGAGAACAUGCAUCACGGCAAGCGCUGCCUGCUCAUCAUCAUGGAAUGCAUGGAAGGCGGUGAGCUGUUCAGCAGGAUUCAGGAGCGUGGUGACCAGGCAUUCACUGAGAGAGAGGCUGCAGGGAUAAUGCGGGACAUUGGCACUGCCAUCCAGUUCCUGCACAGCCGGAACAUCGCCCACCGAGAUGUCAAGCCUGAAAAUCUGCUCUACACAUCCAAGGAGAAAGACGCUGUGCUUAAGCUCACUGACUUUGGCUUUGCCAAGGAGACCACCCAAAAUGCCUUGCAGACACCCUGCUACACUCCCUACUAUGUGGCCCCUGAGGUCCUGGGUCCAGAGAAAUACGACAAGUCCUGUGACAUGUGGUCCCUGGGGGUCAUCAUGUACAUCCUCCUGUGUGGCUUCCCACCUUUCUAUUCCAACACGGGCCAGGCCAUCUCCCCAGGGAUGAAGAGGAGGAUCCGCCUGGGCCAGUAUGGCUUCCCCAAUCCUGAGUGGUCUGAGGUCUCUGAGAAUGCCAAACAGCUGAUUCAGCUACUGCUGAAGACAGACCCUACAGAGAGGCUGACCAUCAUGCAGUUCAUGAACCAUCCCUGGAUCAAUCAAUCGACGGUGGUGCCACAGACUCCACUUCACACGGCCCGAGUGCUGCAGGAAGACCAAGACCACUGGGAUGAAGUCAAGGAGGAGAUGACCAGUGCCCUGGCCACCAUGCGGGUAGACUAUGACCAGGUGAAGAUCAAAGACCUGAAGACUUCUAACAACCGGCUCCUCAACAAGCGGAGAAAGAAGCAGGCGGGCAGCACCUCAGCUUCACAGGGCUGCAAUAACCAGUAGCCCACAGGGCUGUGGAGGAGCCAGGCUUCCAGCCUGGGUGACGGACUGCAUCGUGCUGAGGCUGCACCAGAGGGCUCAGGGGCAUUCUUUUUUUGUUUGGUUUGUUUUGUUUUCUGAGAUGGGGUCUCACUGUGGAAUUCAGGCUGGGCUUGAACUCA